GUAUAAUAAGGGCAUUCUUAAGUAUUGAAUCAUCAUUAAUUAACAACAAAUGGAAAUUCAUUGAGAUCUAAGUUAAAUAAGGAAAAAUACAGUAAAUCUUGUUUUUCGAUUGUGAUUUAGAUUGCUAAUAGUGAAUUGCUAAAUAUUUUUUUGAAUUUUGUAUUUAAAGACAAGUAGUUAAACAAGAUCUCUGUUGCUCAAUUAAAGACUCCAGAUACAAUUACAUACACUAUAUAUAUUUAUUGAAUUAUUGAAUUUGUUAAUUUAUUAGUUUAUUAAUUUAUUUAUUAGUUUAUUAAAUUGCCGAAUAAAAAUGAAGUUUCUUAAACAAAUUGUUAUUUGUUUAACAAUUUUCGAGGUUUCAAUUGGACUCCAAGUUUUUGGUGGUAAUAAAAAAGAUCGAAAAGAAUAUGAUUAUAAAAGCAUUGUCAAAACAUGGGACUUGGAGGAUAUGAAAGAUUUUCUAAGUGACCAUAACGUUGUUUAUAAUCAACAAAGCAGUGCUGAUGAGAUCAAGGACAAAUUCAACGAACAAUGGGAAAAAAUUGUGAAUUAUUAUAACGAAAACUAUGAAAAUAGUAAUGUUAAUGAUUACGAUACUAAGAAUUUAAAACAGAAAUUUUUGAAAUCGCCCACUGGAGAUAAGAUUAAUAAGAACUUGAAUUCUGACAGCAAUUUCAAUUUACACUGGAAUUUGUUUUCACCAUCUAAUAAGGAAGAAGAAUUCAAGAGCUGGUUUUUCAAAUCAUGGUCGAAAGAUGACUUGUACAACUUUUUGACUAAGAAUGGAAUCGAAGUGUCCAAUACAGUUCGCGAUUCUAAGGAUGAGUUGGCUAAAAUGGUUGAGGACAAUUUCGAUGAGAUUGCAAAGAAAUCCAAAAAGAGUGGAAAAUAUGCUGGGCUGUGGAUAUUCAGCUAUUGGAAUGAAAGCUCGUUGAAGCAAUGGCUUGAUGAGAAUAAGAUUUCGUAUGAUGAAUCACUAUCAAGAGACGAGUUGAUUAAGAACGUUAGAGACAAUAUCUAUGAUGUUUCAAGGGGUGUUUCGAACAAAGCUGAGGAAGGUAGAAGAGGAAUCUGGAAUACAUUGGAAAAUCAGAAAGAUACGAUUUAUAAAACGAGUGAAGAUAUAAAGAAGGACUUUUUUGAUUUAUGGAGUAAAGAUGAUAUUUACAAAUGGUUGUCAGAAAAUGGGUUGAUUGAUGGUGGAAAGGAAAUCCAACGCAACAAAGACCAGUUAAUUGAAGUUGCAUUGAAGAAUAAGGAUAAGCUAUUUGGCGAUUGGAGCAAGUGGAAUAACUGGAAAGGAGGAUUGGACAAAAGCAAAACCAAGAGUGAGAAUUUAAUUAAUGAUACAUUUUUGGUUGGAGUUGAAAACUGGCCCAAAGAUCGAUUGAAGUUGUAUUUAAAGAGUCGAGGUGUUUCUUAUGGUGCAUUCACAAGAAGAAAAGAGUUGGUCAAGUUGGUAGAAGAAAACAAGUUCAAGCCAGUUAAAUUUUCAAACUGGGGCAAAGACAGUGUAAGUGGAAACGAAUGGAUAUUUGAAGGAUGGAGUGUUGACAAUUUGAAAAAGUUUUUGAAGGAGAAUAAACAAAGCACUGAAGGAACAUUCAAAGAAGUGUUAGACCGAAGUGUGAAUUUGUACCAUGACUUGCUAAGCAAGAAUGAAGAGCUAAAAAAGACAAUUAAUGAAGAGGUUGGUGCAAAACAAGAGCAGAUCAAAAAAACUGGAGAAAGCUUUUGGACACAGAUAAAAUACUAUUUCCCAUUUAGUUAUUUCAGUGGAGCAAAGACCACACCAACAAAUAGAGAAAGCAGCUGGAACGAUUACUUUGAUUUCAAGACAUGGGAGGAAAGCGACUUGGUGAACUACUUGAGCUCAUUUGGAUACAAGUUGACCGAAGACAAGAAGGAUACUAGUGGAGUUGGAACCGAAGUAAACAAGAAAAUCAAUCAAAUCAAGUAUUAUUGGAAUGGUAAUGACAACAAUGGUGUUGGUAAUGAACGUGGAUACUCAAGAGAAGAAUUGGUUGAAUUGGCCAGAAAGAACACUGAUUACUAUUUAGGGACUAAUUUGAGCAAGAGACCAGAAAGCAAAAUUGCAAACUUGGCCAAUCAGAUCCAGUCUAGGGCUUAUAGUUUAUAUAGAGGAACUGGAAGCUAUUUACAGAAUUUAUGGCGUUGAAAAGUGUUCAGGAAACUGGGAAAAAAAUAAAACAAAAAAAAAUGGUACACUGAGAAAAAAAUUAAUUUAUGUUUCAGUUGUUUAAUGUUCUAUUAAUUUUUUAUUUAUGUUUGAUUUAUGUUUAGUUUAUGAUUUAUUAUUAUGGAAUACUUUUAUGGAAUACUUUUUGAAUAAGACUAUUCAACAAUAUGAUUAAG